AUGGUGUUUACUGUUUACGCUUCCUCUCGUUCAUUUCUCAUAGUACUUCUUUCUUUCUUUCUUUCUUUCUUUCUUUCUUUCUUUCUUUCUUUCUUUCUUUUAUUUUCUCUUUGCCUAUUUGGUACUUUCUUUCGAAGUUUUUCUUUCUUUUUUCUUCACUUUUCUUUCUUUCUCCAUUUUCUUUUUCUUUCUUUCGCAUUUUUUAAAAAUGUUUCCCCCUUUUCACCGGCUUUCGUUCUAUCUUUCGUUGUCUGGUACAUUUUCUUUUUUAUUUUUAUUUCAUCGGAUUUCUUUCUUUUGCGUUCUCCUUUCACCUUUAAAUUUCUUUUUUUUAUUCGUUUUUCUUUCUUUUUUUCUAUUACAUUUUUUUUUUCACUUGGUACGAUAGUACUUUUAAAUUUUACAUUCUUUCUUUUUCUUUCUUUCUUUUACCUUUUGGCGUUUUCUUUUUUUGUCCACAUUUUCUUCUCAUCUUUUCGAUACCCGUUUUCUUCCGUAAUUGAUUAUCCCUUUCUUUCUUCCUUUUUAACUUUUCUGUCUUUAAUUUCCAUUUCUUUCUUUCUUUCUUUCUUUCUUUCUUUCUUUCUUUCUUUCUUUCUUUCUUUCUUUCAGUCAUUCAUUCAUUUUUUUUAUUCCAUUAUUAUCUGUUCCUUUUUCUUUUUCUUUUUUUUCCUUUCUUUCCGUCUUUCUUCAUUCAAUUUUCUUUACUUCUUUCUUUUAUUUCUCCCUUCCUUUCCUUUCUGUGUCCGAUUUGCCAUUUUUUCUUCCUGCUUUCGUUCUUUCUUCCUUCCUUCCUUCCUUCCUUGCAUCUCUUUACAUAUCAACCUUCCUUUGAGCGCCUAUCUCAGUUCUUACAUCAUAUUCUGA